AUGGACACCACCCACCUCAAAGCACUCGCAUUGAAUUUUCUAAGAAAAUUAUCUCAAUCGUGGGAUAUAGCAUAUGCUUGCGACCCCAUUCCAAGUAUUAUCUGUGGACAUAUACAUCAUCGCACUUGUAUCGAGAAGCAUAUCAUGCGCACUGAAGCAAAAUGUCCUGUAUGCCCCGUUCUCAUCGAAACUAUUAGGGAAGAAGCCGAAAGAUCGAGGUCAGCACUUGCUAGUUCCUCCAGCCAUCGUACUCGGAUGUUAUAUUAUUAUCAGAUGAUCGAAGUCAGCAGGCGAUCCUAUUUCUCAAAUAUCCGCUUCUACCACACAACCUAUCACAGGCGAACGAACGACACCACUAAACAGCUCCCCCAAUCGACUAUGUUGAAACUAGAAUGCAAGGGUAAAUAUUAG